AGCUGCACGACUCUGCCCUGACCCCCCCAGCCAGACGGAGCUGCUCCCAUUGACAGGCGCGAAGUCAACAUGGACGCCCGCAGAGUGUCUCAGCACAGCCAAAUGGAUUAUAACUUCGACGGCGUGGAUCCCAAGCACGGGAAAUCGUUGCAUUGCCAGGAGGACCGCUUUGACAGCGGCCUGGACUCCCUGAAGGAGGACGAGCUGGUGAACGAGUUUGAGGACAUGAGCGUGAACGCGAGCGAGGACCUCGCGCAGGAAUACGAGCCGUGGAGAGCCGCGGUGACCGAGGACGGCGACACGCUUCUCCACUUGGCCAUCAUUCAUGAAGCCACAGACCAUGCCCUGCAGAUGAUCAAGCUGUCUCACAAUCACCCCUUCCUCAAUGUACAGAACCACCAGAGACAGACGGCCCUCCACCUGGCAGUGAUCACAGAGCAGCCUCAGCUGGUGGACAGGCUCCUGAAGGCCGGCGCCGACCCACGGCUGUCCGACGACAGCGGGAACACGGCUCUCCACAUCGCCUGCAAGAGAGGCUCCCUCGCCUGCUUCGGCGUCAUCACCCAGAACUGCCAGCAACACCUCACCUCCAUCCUGUCCUUCCCCAACUACAAUGGACACAACUGCCUCCACUUGGCGUCUGUUAAUGGCUACAUUUCAUUGGUUGAAAACCUCGUCAAGCUGGGUGCAGACAUCAAUGCACAGGAACAGUGCAGUGGCCGGACGUCGCUCCACCUGGCCGUGGAUCUCCAGAACCCCACACUGGUCCGCUGCCUCAUCGGCCUCGGUGCCGACGUGAACUGCUUUAACUAUGGCGGCUUCACGCCGUACCACCUCACCUACGGCCGCCAGAACGAAGAGAUCCGCUGCCAGCUGUACGAGAAGACGGCGCAGGAGCUGAGGGAGCUGCCUGACAGCGAAUCGGAUGAGAGCGACAUGGAGGAUGCUGACCUUUCGGAAGAUGAGCUGUACGACGACAUAAAGUUCGGAAAGUAAACCAAAGCAUCCCUCUGCUGGUGGUGUGAACGACAGUGAAGCUGCUACUGGGUCGCCCAGCCACGGCCCCACAACGAGGGACACAUCAGUCCACGUCCCCGGUCCAGGUCCAGAGGUGCUGGCCCUGGGAUCACAAACAUGAAUGAAGAUGGCGUCUAGUCUGGUCGAGGCCGGUCCGGAUCACCCAAUGAUCUGUACCAAAAAACCAUAGCAAGACCAUGAACUCCACAUAGUCCUUCUGUAUACUGUAUAAAUAUAUAUUGAUUUGUAUAUACAGACAUGUGUAAUAUAUUGUAUAUACAGAGAUAUUAUUUUUGUACCUGUACAUAUGUUGUGUGAAUUUAAACACUAUUAACAAAAAGCUGUUGAGAAUAAAGAAGUUUAUGAAUAUAAACGG